GGCUGUUAGCACAGACAGAGGAAGUGAUGCAGGAAAAUGUCCAUAAUGUAGUUCAAUGACUAAAAGGGGGAAGCACAAAGAAAUAGGCAGCCUUAGUCCGAGAGUGGCUCUUUAACUUGUUUUAAACUGCGAACCAACAAAAAUGAAUUCCGAUACAAACUCUGACUGCUAAUCAUUUUAUCAUUCCCUAAAGGUAGAAUAGAGUGCGACUUUAUUAUGGAAGUUUUUUCUUUUUUUUUCUUUUGGUCAGCUGCCUGCUAGUUUGCUAACAAUCUGACGACGAGUUUGCCUCAGUUCGUUACUGCUGGUAUUUCGGCCAACUUAUUUGCCCACCUUUGUUUUCAGUGACAUUUAUGAAGUGAUGUACAUUCAAAUGACGCGGCCUACGUUUUCCUAAAAAGCGUUGCUGAUCUCAAGGUCACAAUGAUGGAGCAGAACUGAAAGACAAUGCCAUCUGACGGAGUGUCUAGGUUUUAAAUUUGCCCCCUGACGUUUGGUACCUGACAGAUCUGGCACAGGCCUGAGGGUAUGUUGAGACAUCUUGCCAGGCCAGAGCAGAGGCGCCUAGGUGGUUCGGACGGGGACUGAAGGUGAGGAGGAAAGCCAGACGGGGGACCAGGAGGGAAGACAUGGGCCAGUGUGUCACCAAGUGUAAGAAUCCGACGUCCUCGCUCGGCAGCAAGAGUGGAGACAAAGAGAGCAGCUCGAAGUCCCACAAGAGAGUUGAAAGUGCUAGUGGGGGCAGUCACAAGGAAGAUUCCAGUGCCCCAUCUUGCAAAUCCAGUGAACAAUUGAAUGGCACCAAAGCCUUAGAGGCUACUGCGGAGACGACCAUCAUCUCCACAGUGAUGAGGGAUCCGUGCAAGGACGAAUGUCUGGAUAAAGACGGGCUGUCCAUGCUGCGUAUCGAGGAGCUUUUCGGACGCUACAAGGAUGAACAGGAAGAUGCCAUCCUGGAGGAGGGCAUGGAAAAGUUUUGUAACGAUCUGUGUGUGGACCCCGCAGAGUUCCGUGUUCUUGUUCUCGCCUGGAAGUUUCAAGCAGCUACUAUGUGCAAGUUCACAAGGAAAGAGUUUGUUGAGGGCUGCAAGGCCAUCAGGGCGGACAGUAUUGAGGGCAUCUGCUCACGCUUCACUUACAUGCUGCUGGAAGCCCAGGUUGAAGAGAACUUCAAGGACCUUUACCGUUUCACCUUCCAGUUCGGUCUGGACGCCGAAGAGGGCCAACGGUCGCUUCAGCGGGAAAUUGCCAUCGCACUAUGGCGACUGGUUUUCACACAAGACACUCCGGAGAUUCUGGAACGCUGGCUGGAGUUUCUAGCCGAGAACCCCUCCGGUAUUCGGGGCAUCUCCAGGGACACGUGGAACAUGUUCCUCAACUUCACCCAGGCCAUUGGGUCUGACCUCAGCAACUACAGUGAGGACGAGGCCUGGCCCAGCCUCUUUGACACUUUUGUGGAGUGGGAGUUGGAGCGCAGGAAAAGAGAGGAGGAGCAGGCACUGAAGGCAAAGGAGGAAGAAGGAGGGAGGUGUACGGAGACGGAUUGUCCUCCUACCACAGAUAGACUUGAAACUGAGGGGAGCCGUGGCUCACAGACAUGGGGGGGGCACUGACCAGAAACCAUAUUUGCUCUCGGGGGAGAGGAUAUGCUCUAUAUGUGAACUGUACAUGUGGGAAUCAUUGGAUGAAUAUUAGUAUUAUCAUUUCAGUUAUUCAGUUAUCUCUCCUGGUAUGUUGGGAUGGGAUUACUGCUAUGCUUUAUUUUGUUGAAAGGGCUCUAUGAACUGUUGUUUUAAGCACUUCUAUUUAAGUUAUUGGUUUACUUUUCCCCCAUCCAUUGCGUUUUAAGAAUGUGGUUGAUGUUUAUAUAUAUAUAUAUAUAUAUAUAUAUAUAUAUAUAUACAUACAUACAUACACCUACCUACCACAACCCAUCAGAGUUAGCUCAGUGAAUGGGCAGCAGAAAGCCGUGAGCAGAUUUAAUCUUGAAACAUGGUAGAUAUAAUUUGUUCAAGGGGGUCGUUUCUAAUGAAGAAGGGAAAUCAUGUCUUAACUACCUUUUUAAAAUCAAUUCAAAGUGACAAAAAUGAGAUGGUGAAUCAGUGAGUGGAUGGUUUUAUGUGUCCGUGUAGCAAGGGUGAGUUUAUCAUGAUUGGCCCACAGAUAGUAGGAAAAGGACAUUAUAAUUCAGUCAUAGGGGCAUUUAAAAAAAUACAAAUUACAGUUACUUUGGCAUACUUUUAUCAGUUUGAGUACUUUUAAAUCCCAGUUGGUUGUUCUUGUCUCCAGUAUUCAGUGUUCUUUGACUUUUGAGUGCUACCUGAACAGUGAGCAGCUUCUGUGCUUUCCCAUGACCCGCCAACACAUUCUCACACCCAAGGCGUCAAAAUACGACGCGUGUGACCAAGCCUCAAUAUAUGACGAUUCGGGACGCCCCAGCAUGUCAGGAGACUAUGAUCAGGGACAAACAACUGACGCAGCGUCCCAGAGCGUCGGUGUCCGACGCCGGUGGUGAGACGGACAUUAGAAGUACUUGUGAACUACUUAACCUUCCCCUCACCCCAGUCCUAACCUUAAGGUCACAGUUUAUGGGCCUUAAGAUUAGGAUCGGGGUGACGGGAAGGUUAAAUAGUCGAAUAACGUCCGUGUGACAGCGCGCGUCAAACAGUGACGCCAGCGGAGCCACGUGACCCAGCGUGUCCCUGAUCGUCGUCUCCUGACGCACUGGGGCGUCCCGAAUCGUCAUAUAUUGAGACUUGGUCACACACGUCAUAUUAUGACGCCUUGGGUGUGAGAAUGUGUUGCUCCCGCAACAUCUACCAUUUUCAUGUCCGCCUUCUUUCAACAAACAGUUUUAAUGUAUGCAACUGAAUGAGGUUGGCUUUUCUCAGCUGCCUCGUUCAUUUUAAUAAUGGAAUUUUGUAUCAAAAAUUUGGGUAAUUGUUACAGAGGGAUGCCUAAACUGCAUUAAGCCUGGGCACCUCACAGAGCUUUUGUUGUACUGCAGGAGUUUUAGUCUUUACGUCCUUCGACUGCUAGACACUCAAAAUAUGUGUGCACACGUCACAAAUAAUGCAAGUACUGCUGCUGGCAAUGGUUGCAAUGAAUUGCACAGAAACUAAUGGCAUGCUAAUUUGCUGUACUUGGAAUGCUUUGCCGAGAUUGUUGUUAACCACAAUAUUACCAUUUGAAGCGUAUCCAAAUUGUAGAUUGAUCAUUAUAAGCAAGGGUGUUUUGGAAUGAGCUAGUUAGUCCUGCUGGUUAGUCAACAGACUGUGACUUGGGUUGAAUGGAAGUGGGUGGCCACUAUCUAAUUAAACAUCUAAAAUGGUUUUAUUUCAUCCCCUUUUAUUUUGUUUUUAUAAGAAAUGUACUGAUUUAUAAUAAAUAAAAACAGUGUUGAUUUUUUUUGCCAUGGAAA